UGCAGUGACCAUGUGGGGAAAUGUUAUAGUUGUUUUAAUUUUUGUGAUACUAUUUUGUUUGCGGGAUAUGCGGAAGCCAAUAUUUUUUCCACCAGGUCCCAAUUGGCUCCCACUGAUCGGCAGCGCUUACGAGGUGUUUAAUACAAUAAAGCAUUUCAAAUUCUAUCACCUGAUGUGGGCUGAGCUGACUGGCCGCUAUGGUCCCAUCGUAGGUCUCCGACUCGGUCGCGAUAGAGUCGUUAUCGUAUCGGGGCUGGAAUCGAUACGGGAGGUGUAUUCGAAAGACGAAUUUGAUGGCCGCCCAGAUGGAUUCUUCUUUCGGAUGCGGUCCUUUGACAAGCGACUCGGAGUGGUGUUCACCGAUGGUCCGAAUUGGGAUGUCCAGAGACGCUUUUCGGUCAAGACACUGAAGUCUCUCGGCAUGGGACGCACUGGGAUGGUGAACAGCCUGGAGAAAGAAGCCGAGGAGAUGAUCCAUCACCUGAGAAAGCUCUCGAGAACGCAGAAAGUGAUUAGCAUGCAUAAUGCAUUCGAUAUUUCGGUGCUGAAUUCCAUUUGGACGUUGAUUGCCGGGAAGAGAUUCAAUUUGGACGAUAAAAAGCUUGAAUGGAUUAUUGAAACGAUUCAUAAAAGUUUUCGGGUCAUUGACAUGUCGGGUGGAGUGCUCAAUCAGUUUCCUCCUAUUCGAUAUGUGCUCCCGGAUAAGUCCGGAUUUGCUACAUUGCUAAAUCUGUUACGCCCUCUGUGGAUAUUUUUACAGGAUACAAUAAAAUCCAUCAAGAUGAAGUUGGAGCUGCCAGACAAUCCCGAUUGUUUCAUUGCGUCCUACUUGAGGGAAUUGAAGAACGAUGAUCGCCAUUCUACAUUCACCAACGAGCAGCUGUUGUGUCUAUGCUUGGAUCUGUUUCAAGCUGGAUCGGAAACAACCAGUAACACUCUCGGAUACGGAGUAGCUUACAUCCUACAUCAUCCAGAGGUAGUGCGAAAGGUACACCAGGAACUGGACAGCGUUGUAGGCCGUUACCGGUUGCCGCUGCUCGGAGAUCGACCGUAUCUCCCGUAUACUGAGGCCGUUCUGUGUGAGAUCCAACGAAUUGCUAACAUCACUCCGCUGGCGAUUGCUCAUCGGACGCUUGCACCGGUGCAGUUGAGCACAUUUGUGAUUCCGAAAAAUACCAUCACGAUGGUUUCGCUCUACUCGCUGCACAUGGAUAAGGAGUACUGGGGAGAUCCGGAAGUGUUCCGACCUGAACGAUUCUUGAAUGAAACGGGUGAUAAGCUGGUAAAUCAUGAAUAUUUUCUACCAUUUGGGUCAGGUAAAAGACGGUGCUUGGGAGAGUCUUUGGCCAAGUCAAGUUUAUUUCUGUUUUUCACUGCCUUCAUGCAUGCCUUCAUAGUUGAACCAGCGGAGGAAGGAAAACUGCCCGAAUUAGAAGGUAUCGAUGGUAUUACUCUGUCUCCGUGUCCGUACUUUGUAAAAUUAAAGGAAAGAUUAAUAUAA